AUGGCCCUCCUCCCGCGCGCGAGAUUGCUCCCGACCCUCUGGAGGUGUCGUCCGAGCAGCCGCACGGCCCAGCUCCUCCCGGCCGGCCUCGUCGCCGCUCGCAGCUCCUCGUCCUCGACGCCCCCGACGAGCCUCCGCCGCCCGUCGCUCGCCCUCCCGUCGACGGCCCGGAGCGUCCCGGCGAGGCAAGCGUCGACCUCAACCUCGUCUGCCAUGGCGGCCGAUGCCAGCAACAUGUACACGGCCUCGUUUGCCUUCUUCGAGGCCAUCUGGGAGGCCGGCAUCACCCACUGCUUCGUCAACCUCGGCUCCGACCACCCGAGCAUCAUCGAAGCCAUGGUCAAGGGCCAGCGAGAGGCCCGCGCCAAGUUUCCGCGCAUCAUCACCUGCCCCAACGAGAUGGUUGCCAUGUCCAUGGCCGACGGCUACGCGAGGCUCACGGGCAAGCCCCAGUGCGUCAUCGUCCACGUCGACGUCGGCACCCAGGGCCUCGGCGCCGCCGUCCACAACGCCUCGACCGGCCGCGCCCCCGUCUUCGUCUUCGCCGGCCUCUCGCCCUUCACCAUCGACGGCGAGCUCCGCGGCAGCCGCACCGAGUUCAUCCACUGGAUCCAGGACGUUCCCGAUCAGAAGCAGAUCGUCUCCCAGUACUGCCGCUACGCCGCCGAGAUCAAGACGGGCACCAACGUCAAGCAGAUGGUCAACCGCGCCCUCCAGUUCGCCAAGUCGGAUCCCCAGGGCCCCGUCUACCUCUGCGGCGCCCGCGAGGUCAUGGAGGCCGACAUCGAGCCCUACUCGCUCAAGCAGGCCGAGUGGGAUCCUGUUCAGCUCGGCGGCCUCCCCCGUAACGCCGCCGACCGCAUCGCCGACGCCCUCGCCGGCGCCAAGCGUCCCGUCCUCGUCACCGCCUACGGCGGCAGGAACCACAAGUUCCCCGGCGCCGUCGUCGAGCUCGCCGACACCGUCCGGGGCCUUCAGGUCGUCGACUGCGGCGGCAGCGACAUGUGCUUCCCUGCCGACCACCCGGCCUGGCGGGGCCUGCGCUUCGGCGUCGAUGACAUCAUCGAAAAGGCCGACGUCAUCCUCGUCGUCGACUGCGACGUGCCCUGGAUCCCGACGCGCUGCAAGCCGCGCCCCGACGCCAAGAUCUUCCACGUCGACGUGGACCCUCUGAAGCAGCAGAUGCCCCUCUUCUACAUCGAGGCCGCCGCGAGGUACCGUGCCGACGCGCUGCUGUCGGUCGAGCAGAUCCAGGCCUCCCUCCGCACCGGCGACGCGGCCGCCAAGCUCGCGGCCAACGACAACGCCGAGGGCGCCCGGAGGCGAGAGCGGGAAUACGACGCGCUCAAGGCCGACAUCGCCGAGCGCGCCAAGCCCCUCGACGACGGCAGCUUCGGCACCGGCUACCUGUCGAGGACGCUCAAGCGGCUCUGCCCCGAGGACACGCUGUGGGCCGUCGAGGCCGUCACCAACACGGGCUUCGCCCACGACAACAUUCAGCCGACGCAGCCCGGCUCGUGGAUCAACUGCGGCGGCGGCGGCCUCGGCUGGUCCGGCGGCGGCGCCCUCGGCAUCAAGCUGGCCACGGACGCCGAGAACGACGGCGAGGGCAAGUUUGUCGUGCAGAUUGUCGGCGACGGCACCUAUCUCUUCACCGUCCCCGGCAGCGUCUAUUGGAUUUCGGGACGGUACAACAUUCCCGUGCUGACCAUUGUCCUCAACAACAAAGGCUGGCACGCGCCCCGGCGCUCGCUGCUGCUCGUCCACCCCGACGGCCUGGGCUCCAAGGCGUCCAACGACGAGGCCAACAUCUCGUUUGACCCGACGCCCGACUACUCCGGCAUCGCCAAGGCGGCCGCCGACGGCCAGAUCCACGCCGCUCGCGUCAAGGAGGCGUCGGAGCUGGAAGGCGUGCUGAGGGAGGCCAUUGCCAAGGUCAAGGCCGGCCAAACGGCCGUCGUCGACGUCCAGGUCGUGCCCGGGUGCUAG